AUGACGCCGUUCAAGUUUAUUCCGCCGAUUAUUGCCAAUUUCGAGGCCGUCCGGAGGGAUCCAAAUGCGAAAACACUGAGCGAGCUGGGCCAAUUCUACUCCAAACUGCCCAAGGGCCCUGCACCUGCUCCUACGUACAACUCGUUCAUGGGCUGGUACUCCAACAAAUACUUCGGAAAGAAGGCGAGUGGCAAGCCGGUGCUGCACCUGAUUGCUGGCAUUUUCUUGCUCUCCUACGCUUCCGAGUACUACUUUCACCUUCGUCACCACAGUGCACACGAGCACUAG